GGUUUGGUGUAGAUUGUGAGUAUGCCAGCAUUGCUGAAGCUUGCAGCGCUGCCGCGGAUUUCGGUAAAAAUGGAGCGUUGUUUUUGUUACUGUCCGCUCCAAGCCAGAAAGGCAAACAGUAAAACCAAAAAACAGUUAUGCAUACGUCACAUUAAUUUCAUUUUCGCGUGUAUUUUCGCAUGUGCGUAAUGUUUCCCUUUUAUAAUUAGUUCAGACAAAAAACCUCUUUAGAAUGAAGCAAUCAGCUCUUGCCUACCUUAGAAGAAAUCACAAAGCUCUUGACAUCAAGCAGUUUUACAAAGCGUAUGGAAACACAAAUCAAGACACGUCAGAAACAGUGUACAAAAAUACAGUAAGAAAAGCAACCGUUGAUGAUCAUAAAAGUCUUCAAACAUGGGCUAAAAAGGAACGUAGCCUCAAUUUUUCUAAUAUUGAUUCUGAAGCUGCUAAGAAUUAUUGGUACGAGAUAAGUGCCCAAAUUGCUGCGCAAGAGCAGAAACAUUUCAGCAUUAUAGCUACGUCAUCCGCCGCAAGAGAUAUGCAGAAUUCUCUUGGAAAAAGCAAAGCAAAGGGAAAAGAAUCAGUUGUUGAUGAAGAGCAAGAAGUGCAAGGAGUUGAAGCAAAAGCUACUCAGACAAGUAUGCCGAAAGAAAUCCCUUUUAUUGAUAGUUUCAUAAAGAAGUUUUCUCUUAUGAAUAAUAGCAAAAAAUGGUAUCUCGAGACUGGAAAGUGUGUUGAAGAUGCUCUCUUUGAAUUUGGUCUUACAUGCAAUUUUGAGCACUUAGCUCAUUCGUUUACCAUUGACCCUUCUGAUCAAACCCUUCUGAAACAAAACGUCUUUACAGCUAAAGAGCUUGCCGAAAUAAAGAAAAAAGCACUAAUCCCUUUUCCAGAUCUUAACGUUUCGUUAACUGAGUAUCUUGCAGCAUUCAACCAGAAAUCGACCUCUGGCCUUAGAAAAGCACUAUAUAAUUGCAAAUGGUAUGAAGACUAUGACGAAAAUGAACAUGCCUCCUUGGAUUGGAUCCGUAGAUCUAUUGAUACACUACUACCAUUGUACGAAAAGAAGAUAAUGAACGAAAAGCAUAAUGAACAAUGGUAUCAGAAAAGAAUUUGGUUCAUGAUUGAUACAUUAUUUGAGAUUAUUCCUGAUCUGAGGAUCGUAAGAGGCGAAAACAGCAGUAGCUCAAGUAGUGCAAGAAAGAAUAUUGACCGCGGAGCUGCUUGCUUUGAAAAUCUUGCCAGGAAGAGGAUGGGUCGCCGUGGGGAUUUCAUCUUGCGCUACCAUGAUAUCGAAUUGGCUUGUGGUGAAGAUAAAGCAUCAGAUAAUGGAACAAAUAUGAUGCAGGACAGGGGAAUUAAAUGUCCAAAGAUGAUGAGAGAUAUGCUGUGGGCUUUGCUUGACAGUGUUAAGUUUAAUCAGGAGAAGUCAAAGAAGUUAACUAUUUUGGGUGUGACAACAUUUGGCUUGAAUUUAUAUUUGGAUUGGAUGACGAUCCAUGAAGGCUACGUUUGUGUUUUGGUUCGCUCGAAAAAAAUAUCGAUGCCAAGUACUAUUGAUUCUUUCCCUAGUUCUCUUUCUCUCUUUGCUAGUUUGUUGUCUGCUCUGGAAGUUAUCAAGUCCGUAAUUAAUGUAAUGAAUGCUAACGAUGUUUAUGAUAUCGAGUUGCUAAAGCCAUCCCUCAAGAGAGCAUACAGUGAGGAUGACGACGAGAGUAAUGACGCGAAAAGCUGGUCAAGAAUUGUAUCCGCAUCCACCCCCGAAGACAAUGGCCGAUUCAGAAGGGUCUCUGGAGCUUAGCUGUAUGUUGGCGCUUUCUUUUACUAUGAAUAUCCACGAAAAACAAAUAUCAAAUACCAUCAUUAUACCAUCACAUAGUAAAUAAAUUCCUUCAGUCCUAAAGUACGAACUCGUCUCUUUAAGAGAACACUUUUAAAGAUAGCAGUAUUUUCUUAAUUUUGAAUAUUCUAUUUUGAUAUUUUAUUAGCCACGAAUUCCG